AUUCUUAUAUCGACGUGAAUUUCUUUCUGAAAUUGAAUUAUACACAGUGAAAAUAAAAAUGAAAUUGAUAAAUCUGAUAUUUCUAAUAUACAUAAUACUAAUCUCAAUUCAAAAUUUCCAUACUCAAUCGCUUCUUCGAGAAAACCAAAACAAUGCGUCAUUACAAGUUAGCUCUAUGAGUUCAAGCAAAAAUAGGAAUGGAAUAACUUUUAGUAAUGAAGCAGAUGAAAGGCGAAAAGAAGAUGUAGGUGUAGAAACAUCUUCAAUGUUUGGCAGAUCUAGAUCUCGAUACAAACACAAAAAUAGAAAACAUAUUAUAGCUAAAGGCAGAUUUCAUUCACGUGGAAUCGGUAGAUACGGUAUAGCGUCUUCGGAAUAUACACAUUAUCGAAUUGAAGGCAAGUUCGAUAGAUAUGGUCGAAAGAGACCUACAAAAUCAAAAUUCAGAACUCAUGGAAAAGAAAAGAAAUAUUCUAAGAAGAUAGUUGAUAAUCGAUUUGAUAUUAAAGGUGGUUUGAUUCAAGAACGUAAAUACAGACAUUCUGGUGAUUAUCAAGCGAAUGGUAGCCAUCUCUUAAUAGAUGUUGGAACUAAAUCAGAGUCUGGUACUGGCAGUAUUAUGAAAACAGGAAUGGAAAAAAGUAUGGAUAGAAGUCGAAAUGCAUCAUUUGACACUAGUCUCACCACUCAAGAAAAGCAUGACUUGGGUCCACGACCACUUAGUUUUCCAAAAUAGUGAAAACAUAGUUUACUUUCUGAUUUCGACGACUGUACUAUCAUAUUCCAUGUUGCUUACCAUUUGAAAUAAUUCUGUCUAGCUCAAUCUCAUCUUCACAUAUGCUAUUAGCAAAUCAUAAAAACCUACCAGUUAUACAUUUGUCAGAAAUGUCACAGAUUAAUUUCUUGUUAUUUCUUAAUCAUUCUCAAAUGUCAGUUGUUACUGUUUGUUUUUAAUAAUAAAUAUAGAUACAAUGAAUUUUUGUUAGAAAAUAAAUUAUUCAAUAAAUAAUAAAUAAUUAAAUUACAGUCGUCGAAUUAAUGAUGGUAAGAAUAUAUGUCGUUCGAUCUGAAAAUACUGUUUAAACAUUUCUUUGCUUUGCUAAUACAACAGUCGAUAUUGAAACAAAUUUUAAGUGUACGUGCUAAUUGAUUGUUCUGAUAAUCAGUGAAUUGCUAUUAUGUGAAUUUAAAAAUUCUGUUUUUAUUAUACUGUACAAUAUUGAUAGAAAUUUUAAAAAUACAGAUGAAUACAUUA